GGGGAAUGUUGUGUAAAAGAGAGGGCGGCGACUAAAAUGUUUUUACUGAUUUGCAUUGUACUUUCAGACCAAUUCGAGUUUUCUUUUUCUCUUUUUCUUUUUUAUAACAUGACUUACACUGUACCGAGGUAUAAAUGUGUAAUGAUACCAGAUGCAGAUAGAAAUGCUUUAAUAGAACGUGUUCUCUUGAAAAUACUGCUUUUCUAUAGUCGGGAUACCAAGAGGCGCCUAUUUGAAAGAGAAAAAAAAAACCUCGAGAUAAAGAUAUCGAAAACAUUCUGGGUAACCAUGAUAUUGCGAGCUUUUUACUUUAAUAAACUAUGUACUUUGGUUUUGAUUAAUUGGUCAUCAUGUUUUCAAUGUGUUUCUUUGCUUGUAUCCUUGGUACACUUGACUAAUCAACUACUUGACUACUAAGCAUAUUUAAACUUUACUAUUUGCUUAACUUGACAUUGGGUACAAAGCGGUUCUUAUAAUUUCAACAGAUGGUACCUGUUCCCUUAUUCCCUCAUGGUAUCUAA